UGAUUGCAGAAUUACAGAGAAACAGUGUCUCAUCCUGACUUCAGCUCUGAAAUCAAACCCAUCACACCUGAGAGAACUGGACCUGAGCAGGAAUAAACUAGGAGACUCUGGAGUGAAAAACCUCAGUGAUCUACUGAUGAACACACAAUUCAAGCUGGAGAAACUAGAUCUGUUUUACUGCAGUAUUACAGAGAAACAGUGUCUCAUCCUGACUUCAGCUCUGAAAUCAAACCCAUCACACCUGAGAGAACUGGACCUGAGUCUGAAUCAAAUAAAAAACACAGGAGUGAAUCACUUAUGUGACGUACUGAAGGAUUCACACUGUAAACUGGAGAGAUUGAGACUUUCAGACUGCAGUAUCACUGAAGAAGGUUAUAAAGCUCUGGCUUCAGCUCUGAGAUCAAACCCUUCACACCUGAUAGAGCUGGAUCUCACAGGAAAUGAUCCUGGACAAUCAGGAGUGAAGGAGCUCAGUGAUUUACUACAGGAUGGACUCUGUUCAUUUAAGACCAUCAGGUUUUUGAAAAGUCCUGCUGCAGAGGAAGCGUGUGAGUAUCUCACUGGAGUUCUGGGUAAAAGUCCAUUACUACUGAAAGAACUGGAUCUGAGUGGAGAUAAAUUAGGAGAUCUGGAUGGGGAGAAACUCUCUGCUCUUUUGAUGGACUCUCAUAGCAAACUGGAGAAAAUAAUGCUGAAUAAUUGUGAGCUGACAGAGAAAAGCUGUUCAGUUCUAGCUACUGUUCUCUCCUCCAAAACCAUCCUGAAAGAGAUGAACCUGAACAACAGUCGUCUGCUGGACUCAGGAGUCAAAGAGAUCUGUGAGGGACUGAAGAAUCCUGUGUGUGAGCUGAAGAUACUGAAACUUUCAGACUGCAGUAUCACUGAAGAAGGUUAUAAAGCUCUGGCUUCAGCUCUGAGAUCAAACCCUUCACACCUGAUAGAGCUGGAUCUCACAGGAAAUGAUCCUGGACAAUCAGGAGUGAAGGAGCUCAAUGAUUUAUUACAGGAUCCAAACAGUCAACUCAAGACACUGAGGUUUUUAGGUCCUGCUGCAGAUGAAGCCUGUCAGUAUGUGACUGGAAUUGUGGGUAAAAACCCGUUACUCCUGAGAGAACUGAAUCUGAGUGAACAUGAACUAGGAGACACACGAGUGAAUCAGAUCGCUGCUCUACUGCAGGAUAAACACUGUCAACUCAACACACUGAUACUUUCAGACUGCAGUAUCACUGAAGAAGGUUAUAAAGCUCUGGCUUCAGCUCUGAGAUCAAACCCUUCACACCUGAUAGAGCUGGAUCUCACAGGAAAUGAUCCUGGACAAUCAGGAGUGAAGGAGCUCAGUGAUUUACUACAGGAUCCAAACUGUCAACUCAAGACACUGAGGUUUUUGGGUCCUGCUGCAGAUGAAGCCUGUCAGUAUGUGACUGGAAUUGUGGGUAAAAACCCGUUACUCCUGAGAGAACUGAAUCUGAGUGAACAUGAACUAGGAGACACACGAGUGAAUCAGAUCGCUGCUCUACUGCAGGAUAAACACUGUCAACUCAACACACUGAUUCUGAAUAACAACUGUAUCACAGAAGGAGGUUGUCAUGUUCUGGCUGCAGCUCUAAAUUCAAACCCUUCAAAUCUGACAGAGCUGGAUCUGAGUGAGAAUAAACUAGGAAACCCAGGAAUGAAGAUCAUCUUGACUCUGUUUGAAAAUGUACAGUGUAGACUGGAAAAGCUGAAGUUAAAGUGUAUCAGUAUUACAGAUGAAGGUUGUGCUGCUCUGGCAUCAGCGUUUCAUUCAAACCUCAGAGAGCUGGAUCUGAGCAGGAAUCAAAUAGGAGACUCUGGAGUGACAGAAAUCUCCAGUCUGCUGAGAAAUUCACAGUGCACACUACAGAUACUCAGACUUUCAGACUGCAGUAUCACUGAAGAAGGUUAUAAAGCUCUGGCUUCAGCUCUGAGAUCAAACCCUUCACACCUGAUAGAGCUGGAUCUCACAGGAAAUGAUCCUGGACAAUCAGGAGUGAAGGAGCUCAGUGAUUUACUACAGGAUGGACUCUGUUCAUUAAAGACCAUCAGGUUUUUGAAAAGUCCUGCUGCAGAGGAAGCGUGUGAGUAUCUCACUGGAGUUCUGGGUAAAAGUCCAUUACUACUGAAAGAACUGGAUCUGAGUGGAGAUAAAUUAGGAGAUCUGGAUGGGGAGAAACUCUCUGCUCUUUUGAUGGACUCUCAUAGCAAACUGGAGAAAAUAAUGCUGAAUAAUUGUGAUCUGACAGAGAAAAGCUGUUCAGUUCUAGCUACUGUUCUCUCCUCCAAAACCAUCCUGAAAGAGAUGAACCUGAACAGCAGUCAUCUGCUGGACUCAGGAGUCAAAGAGAUCUGUGAGGGACUGAAGAAUCCUGUGUGUGAGCUGAAGAUACUGAAACUUUCAGACUGCAGUAUCACUGAAGAAGGUUAUAAAGCUCUGGCUUCAGCUCUGAGAUCAAACCCUUCACACCUGAUAGAGCUGGAUCUCACAGGAAAUGAUCCUGGACAAUCAGGAGUGAAGGAGCUCAAUGAUUUACUACAGGAUUCAAACUGCCAACUCAAGACACUGAGGUUUUUGGGUCCUACUGCAGAUGAAGCCUGUCAGUAUGUGACUGGAAUUAUGGGUAAAAACCCGUUACUCCUGAGAGAACUGAAUCUGAGUGAACAUGAACUAGGAGACACACGAGUGAAUCAGAUCACUGCUCUACUGCAGGAUAAACACUGUCAACUCAACACACUGAA